AUGACACCCACACCCCGCAUCCUCCUCCUAGGCGGCCACGGCAAAGUGUCUCUCCUCCUAACCCCGAAAAUCCUCUCUCGUUCCUGGGAUCUCAUCUCCAUGGUGCGUAAUGCCGAUCACCGCACAGAUAUCCUGCAUGCAGCAGCGCAGGCAUCGAAUUACGGAACAGGAGCAGGAGCAGGGACAGGAAUAGGGAAUCUCGAGAUCUUGGUUGAGAGUAUUGAGGAUGUGAAGAGUGAGAGUGAUGCGAAGGGGAUUUUGGAUAGGGUGAAGGCUGAUUGGGUUAUUUGGUGUGCGGGAGCCGGUGGUAAAGGAGGAAAGGAACGCACAUACGCCAUCGAUCAAAAUGCCUGCAUCCACUUCAUACGAGCCUCACUCUCUUCCCCCUCAAUCAGCAAAUUUCUCCUCGUCUCCGCACUACUCUCGCGGCGCUCGCGCGCACCAUGGUGGACCACCGACGAUUGGACCUAUAUCCAGAAAGUCAAUACGGAGAUUCUCCCAGAUUACUACAAGGCGAAAUUAGCGGCAGAUCAGGCAUUAGUGGUGUUGAGCAGUGAGAGGAAAGAUAAAGAAUGGACGUGGAUAGAUUUGAGACCGGGGACAUUGAGUGACGAGGAGGAAACGGGAAAGAUUAGUUUGGGGAAGACGAGGGGGCAGGGGAAGGUUACGAGGGGCGAUGUGGCGGAGGUGGUGGUGAGGUUGUUGGGGAUGGAGGGGGUGAGGAGUGGGUAUUUGGAUUUGUUGAAUGGGGAGGUGGAGGUGGGAGAGGCGGUCGAGAGGGUGGUGGCGGAGGAGGUGGAUUGUAGAGAUGGGGAGGAGUUUGAGGAUUUAAAGGGGGGUGAGUUUUUGAAGCUAUGA